AUGGGUGCCAUGUACUUGCUGAGUGCAUUUCUUGUUUUACAGGAAGAAGCGGCGGAAAGAGGACUGGCAAGUGCUGAGAGCAAGAACACAAGGUUGAAAGUCGGGGCACUGCAAGCGCCUGCAGAAUUUGUGCAGUACCCGCAAUCCAUAUCCAGGCCGGUAGGGACCACAGCCAUUUUCAACUGCCUGGCUCAGGGAGAACCGAUCCCACAACUUACCUGGCUGAAAAACGGGGAGAUCCUUGCCCCCAGCGGUCACAUCAAACUGAAAAACAACAACAAUACACUUACAAUAAAUGGAAUUUCUCCAGAUGAUGAAGCAAUCUACCAGUGUAUUGCUGAGAAUGACGCAGGAUCAACCCAAGCUAGUGCACGGUUAACAGUGCUGUGGGCUGAGGGACUUCCAGGACCCCCCACGGAUGUGAAAGCUGUAGCUCUGUCUGCGACAGCCAUUCAUGUGUCAUGGACUGAGCCGUCUGAGAAUACGCGAGACAUUAUCGGCUACGUGCUGCACAUCAGGAAAACUGCAGACCCAGUGGAGAUGGAGUACCAGGAGGCUGUGAGCAAAACCACCUUACAGCAAGUGGUAACUGAUCUGCAGCCAUCGACUGGCUACACUUUCUACAUAAAGGCGUACACAUCACGAGGUGCCAGCAAACCAUCGGAGCUAGCUACCUGCAGCACACGGGGCGAAGUUCCAGCAGUACCAGCUCUUUUCAUUAAAGUUUUGAACAGUACAGCCAUUCAGGCUGUAUGGGAAUCCAGCAUUAAGCUUGGGCAGCAUGAAGGAUUCAAGUUGUAUUAUCGCAGGAUUCAUGGUGCACACUUCAUCGGGCCUGUACUCCUUCCAAGCAACGUGACAUCGUACAACAUAACUCAGUUGGAUCCAAUGAUUGCCUAUGAAGUGAAGCUUCUCGCAUUUAAUCGUCAUGGAGAUGGAAAUUCCACAGUUCGCUUUGUGGCUCUGCAAGAUGCUGUUGAAAGAUCUGGGGGUGUUCCUGUUACCAUGGCAAGAAACCUGCUGGGCACUCAGCUACGGGCAGGUCCAAACCAGGUGCUGGAUGGGGUAAAGAUGCACGUGUUAGAUCUUUACUGUGAAAGUGAUAAACUGAAGCGCCCACAUCCGCAAACUUUGGCAGAGUUUGAAAAGAUACACAUAGUAGGAAAAGGAGCCUAUGGGACUGCAGUCCUAUAUCGGAAGAAGGAUGACGAUUCACUGGUCAUAUUGAAGGAAAUCAAUAUGCAUGAACUAAACCACAUUGAGAGGCAGAGAGCAAUGAAUGAGGUGAAAGUGCUUUCAAUGUUGGACCACCCCAACAUAAUCAAUUACUAUGACAGCUUUGAAGAGGAUGGUGUGCUGAUGAUUGAAAUGGAGUAUGCAGACGGGGGCACACUAGCACAGUACUUGGCACAGCAGGGUCAGGAGUUAGAAGAGCAGCAAAUUCUGAAUCUCUUUCAUCAGAUGGUGGCUGCGAUCUCUUACCUCCACAAACACAACGUGCUGCACCGAGAUCUCAAGACAGCAAACCUCUUCCUUACCAAGAAAGGCGAAGUGAAGCUUGGUGACUUUGGGGUAGCCAAGGUGAUGACGACAGGAAGUGAAGCACACACAAUCUUGGGUACUCCCUUUUACAUCUCCCCAGAGAUAUGUGAGGGAAAAUGUUACAAUGACAAAUCAGAUAUCUGGUCACUCGGUUGUAUUCUUUACGAGAUGGCAUGCCGUCAGCGCACAUUUGAAGGAACUAAUUUGCCAGCAGUGGUGAAUAAAAUCAUGAAGGGGCAAUUUGCUCCAAUCACUGAUAAAUACAGUGCUGAGUUUAAAGCCCUUGUGAUGGACAUGUUGCAAAAAGAGCCUCAGUAUCGGCCUUCUGCUCAUGAGCUGUUGCAUCUUCGCCUCCCUGAAGUGAUGGCAAAGUACAAAGAAACUCCAGAGUAUGAGGAAGAGCCAGAGACAGGCUUUCAACACAAGCUGAGUCAAAAGAGAAAUAGUCACACAACUCUUUAUUAUUUAUACAUGCCUGAUCUGGAACUUCGCCCCAUUGAAGGACUGCCUACAAAGAUUAAAAUUAGACAGGUCGCUGUGACUGAUAGUCAUAUGAUAGCUAUUGCUGUGGAGAGAGCAGUGUACACAUGGGGAAGCAAUACGAAAGGCCAGCUCGGUCACGGGGACUUGCAAUCACGUUCAAGACCUCAGCUGGUGGAAGCGCUCAAAGGAAAGUUUAUUGUCAGGGCCUGUUGUGGUGAUGGAUUCAGUGUGUUUCUCAGUGAUAAUGGAAUUGUAAUGACUUCUGGAGAUGGAACCCAAGGCUGCCUUGGGCACGGGGACCGCUUUAGUAUCUCCAGGCCUUGUUUGAUUGAAGCUCUACUCAGUGUCAAUGUUCGGAUCAUUGCGUGUGGCCUGCAACAUGUGUUGUGUGUCACUGGUGAAGGUAAGGUGUUUGCAUGGGGCAAUGGAAAAUAUGGUAAACUGGGACUUGGGAAUGAUAAUGACCACUGCUCACCAAUGGAGGUAUCGUUUGAGAAGCAGAUCUUUGUAAGGGAUGUAAAGUGUGGAGUGGACGGUACCAUGCUCUUAACAGAUACUGAUAGCGUGCUGGCUUGUGGUAAUAAUCAGUACAAUAAACUAGGUUUGAAUGAGAGACGGGGCCUCCUCAUGCAAAUGACAUUGCUGUUUGCCAGAACUGAUGUUGAAGAAAGGAAGCUUCCCACAGUCGUGAAAGCACUAAGGAACCACCGGGUGAGAGAUGCUGUCCUGGGCCCCUCUCACAGCAUUGUACUCGUGGAGCCUGGAAAUAUUUAUACCUUUGGGAGGAAUACAGAAGGACAGCUGGGGACUGGCAACACUAAACCUUACAAAAUGCCAAUGCAUGUAAAACAACUCCAACAUAGAACUAUCACUAUAAUCAGCUGUGGAGAGACAUUCAGUAUUGUUGGGACUGAUGAUAAUAAGAUUCUCUUCUGGGGCACCAAGUAUAAGUCAAUACAAUCUCCAAACCCAUCAGUUAUGACCACGCCAUCUCAGACAGCUACAAAUGUAACUGAAGAUGCUAUCUGCCCAAAAUCACCACACCCUGUAGAAAAUGAGGAGCCCAUUACUGGGACUGUGAGCCAUAACGACAGUAAGAAACAUCCUGAAAAUGCAAAGCAGCUUGUUGGAAUCAGUGCGGUAAUGGAAAGAAACCAAUUCAGAGAGGAUGAACUAGAUGCACCAGGAUCGCCGUUACUAACCUCCAAAGCACAGAAAAACGUUAAUUGCUCCAAACAAGAUUCUUUGGGGGGAAACCAGACAUAUAGCGGUAUGACAUCAGUUAAAGAUCAAACAGAAGCCAGCAGUGGGAGCUGUAAAUCAGAAUGCAAGGAUACCCAGGAAUCCAGCAGCAUGAAAGCAAACUCCUUUGGGAGUGAGAGUAACUUUCAGGACCAAGAAAGCAGCCAACAACUAAUCCCAGUUCCUAUCAUCAGCUUGAAAGAAGUUCUGGAGGACCACCCUGAUGUGCAUGCUUUUCUUCGAAAUAUUAUUUGUAAUAAGGAGAGCAUCUAUGUCCUGGUGGAGAACACUGAUCCACCAUGCUACAGGCAUACAAAGAGAUAUCGCAGCCUUCGCAAACGUGGAAACCGUGAGGAUCCAGGACUAAAGCAAGGGCGCAUUCUUCAAUAUUCCCAUUCCAGUAACGAAGCUGGUGAUGAGUACACAAGCUCGGAGAUGUCUGAGUUAGAGACCAGUCGGUUUGUCCCAACAUGGAUAAGAAAUGAACUCAAUGAGGCAACAUCCCUUGAAGCAGCCAGCACUGAAAAGGGCAGUGAAACAGACACUGUCACGGCCUUGGCUAGCAGAAAUGUAACAGGUGCGCAGUGUUUAGAGAGUCCAGUGACAACGGUGAGCAAAACCAGCUCAGAAGAGGCAAACGUACAAGUCACGAAGGAGGUGUUUGGAGGGGCAAAAAAGACAAGUGGGAACCGCGAUGGAGAGAAACAUGGCCAUACAUCCACAUCAGGCAGCUCUGAAGGGCAGUUGAUGCCAAGCAAACAGAAGAUCACCAGGAAUAUUGACAAACACAGGGAACCUGUACAAGAUUUUGUGGCAUCCACAAGUCAGUGCAGGCAUUAUCGGACAGAAAUGGACAUGGGCUUCCUCUCUUCUCCGAGCUCCACCAAUCCAGUCACAGUUUGUGGCAGGAAUGGCUCUGAAUCUCCUUGGAAAUCAGGAAUGCUGAGAACUGCAGGAGCUGGAAACCAGAGAUCACCUAAUAGACUACGUCUGGGCAGAGGACACACCAAGUGUCGAGCUACCUGGAUGAAUGCAGAAAUAUCUGCUGUGAAAAGCUCCAAGUACUAUCACCGUCCUGCUCUGCCCACGUCACCUCUUUCAAAGAACAAGGUUGCUGAAUUGGCCAGAGAGGCGAAGGGAAAAAAGCGGAUUGAAGGCAGAAUAGAGCCACAAGAGGCAAAUCAUAAUAGUCUGCACCUACUGGAGGAACAGCAGCGACUUGCACUGGAGCGAGAAGCCAGACUUCAGACAGAGAUAGACAAGCUGUACAAGGAGCUGAAAGAGCAGAAACAACUCCUUAAACAGAACUCUGAUGUAAUGCAGCAGCUACAACAACAGCUGCUGAAGGUGCAGUCUCAGCAAUUCCAGGGCAGUGCCCAAACAGACUAUGAGCAAGGAAACAAAGCCACUACAAAACCAGAAAGUAGAAUCUGCGCGGUGAUGUAAAGGGAGGUUUGGAACAGGAGUGUAUUCGAGGCAGACCGUGUUGGCUGGGGACAGUUCUCAAACAGGGACUGCACCGUGUGGAUUUGGGUUGUGUGCCAUGUGAGCGGCUGGGAUCUGAAACACACACAGAACACACAAAAAAAACUUCUGACCUGUUGCCAUGGUGAUCGUGCUUUCAAGGGACUCUCUCCACAAAUGGCUAAGAUGAAAAGGACCUAUUUGACUUCUAGCCCCAUUCUCCCUCCCACCCUUCCCCCUGGCCCCCCUCCUUAUCUCUUUGAAGUGGCCGUGAAGCCCACCCGGGAGAGACUGGGCGCCAGCUGCUGUUGUGGAUGGAGCAUUCCCUGUGUUAAAGCACCUGAACCAACUCAGUCAAGGGUUGAAGUUCAAAUGAAACUCAAGUAGCUCUAGGUCAAAAUGCCUUGAGGUAUUCAGGGCGGUGCUGUGAUUUCCUGAUUUGAGUCGCUGUUCCCUUGAGAUUGACAGAAAGUAUAACAGUGGGGGUUACCCUGCUCACUUUUCUCACUCAGCUCCACAUCCCAUACUUAUUUAACAGAGUUAAUGUUGGUUGUGUUGGCAAGAUUGCUUUCAUGAAAUUAAUAAAAUUUAAUGUAAAAUUCACAACUAAAUCUAAGAUAGAGCACAGGGCCAGGACCCAGCAAAUUUACAAUAGAUUCUUUACAGUUGAUGGAGACUGAUAAUUAUGUGAUGUGUAAUUGUAUCCAGUAACAGAUGGAGACAAAUAACUAUGGUAUGUGUAUAAUGUUAUGGUAUGUGUAUAAUGCUGUGCUAUAACUGAUCGAGUGUAAUAAUUGAGAUGUAUAUAGUGUGCCAUAAACCGACAAUGUUGACAAAAGUAUAUUAAAGGAUAUAAAAUCAA